AUGCGCCGGGCGGUUCCAUUGUUUCUGCGCCGAGCCCUUGUGAUCAGGAGGUAUCCCCCAGUGUCGCACCUUUCCUCUCAGGUCUGUUGGUUGAAUAGCUCUGAUAAUGAAGAGCCCAGUCAGAGUUCUGCUUAUGGUGACUAUAGAAGUCGUCGUCUGUUUCCCUUGAUCACACUAGCAGUGCGGGCUUCAAACUGGGAUGCUGCCAGAAAUAUAAGCUUCAGGGAGUGUGUGAGGUUAUACGGGCCAUCUCAGUCAGUUGGUUUGUUUGCUUUGAUUGUGCAGGCGUUCUUGCCGCGGAGAAUCAGAGAGGUCCGGUGCUUGAUUCAGAGCAUUGUUGAUUACUGUGGAAAUGCUGGGUCAGAGUUGUUUGAGUUGGCUCCUAUGUUGGUCAGCAAUUUGGGUCAGUCAAUGACGCUGUUACAAGUUUAUGCCGCAGUCAUCCGUAUUUUUGUAGAGUCGUCAAUGUUUGAGGAUGCUCUUCUCACUUAUGUUGAGGUCAAGAACUUUGGUGUCGACAGACGUUUGUGCAAUUUCUUACUGAAGUGUUUAGUCGAGGGGAAUCAGAUCAUGUAUGCGAAGAGUUUAUUUGAUGACAUGAAAAGUUGUGGUCCUUCACCCAAUGUCUGCUCUUAUUCAAUUUUGAUGAGUAUGUACACACAUGGAGAGAGGUUAUGCUUAGAUGAAGCUUUUGAGCUUCUUUGUGAAAUGGAAUCGAAUAGUGUGAGACCGAACGCUACAACAUAUGGAACUUACCUCUAUGGGCUUUGCCGUUCCAGUCAGGUAACAUCUGCAUGGGACUUUCUUCAAACUCUUUCUCAGAGUGGAGGCCCUUGCAGCAAUUAUUGUUUCAAUGCUGUGAUUCAUGGUUUCUGUAGCGAGGGUCAGGUUGACAAAGCCAUAGAAGUGUUUCAUGGGAUGAAGAAAUGUGGGUUUGUCCCAGAUGUCCACAGCUACAGCAUAUUAGUUGAUGGGUUAUGCAAGCAUGGGGAUUUAUUGAAAGGUUAUGACAUGCUUGAUGAAAUGGCAAGAAAUGGAAUACGUCCUAAUCAAGUGAGUUACAGUUCACUUCUGCAUGGCCUUUGCAAAACUGGACAGGUUGCAUUGGCAUUAAAGAUUUUCAAGAACCUCCAAGACCAAGGUUUUGAGCAUGACCAGAUAAAUUACAGCAUCAUUCUUCAUGGCUGUUGCCAACAUUUAGAUCUCAAGGCCAUCUCUGACCUUUGGUUUGACAUGAUUCAUCAUGAUAUGGCUCCAGAUGUUUACAAUUAUACCAGUCUGAUCUACGCAUUAUGUAGACAUAGAAACCUUCAAGAUGCAUUGGGAGUGUUUGAGCUCAUGCUUGAAAAUGGGUUGAGUCCCAACAUUGUGACAUGCACAAUCCUAGUAGACAGUUUUAGCAAAGUAGGGCUAGGUGGUGAAGCCUUCCUAUUCCUGGAUAGAAUACAUCAGUCAUUGGGAAUCAUCCCAAACCUUUGCAUGUACAGAGUUAUUAUCAAUGGCCUUUGCAAGACCAACAAAUAUAGUGAUGUGUGGAAAUUUUUUGCAGACAUGAUAAAGAGGGGCUAUGUUCCUGAUGUUGUCCUUUACAGUAUUAUUAUUGAUGGCUUCGUGAAAGCUCUGAAGUUGCAGGAGGCCUUAAGGUUGUACCGUAAGAUGUUGGAUGAAGGCGUAAAACCUAACACAUUUACAUAUUCUAGCCUCAUAAAUGGGCUGUGUAAUGAUGAUAGACUUCCUGAAGCUAUGGGAUUGAUUAGGGAUAUGAUUGGGGAAGACCUGUUACUUGACAAUGUUUUGUACACAUCUAUCAUUGCUUGCUAUUGUAGGCAUUUAAAUAUGAAGGCUGCUAAUGAAUGGCUCAGAGAAAUGGAAAGAAGUGGUGUGUUCCCAGAUGCUUUUGUAUAUACUUGUAUGAUUGAUGGUUAUAGUAAAGUGCUUGCAAUGGAUGGUGCACGCUUGAUGAUGGAAGAAAUGGAAAAAAGAAAGCUUAAACUUACUGUAGUAACCUACACAGCUCUCAUUAUUGGAUACCUUAAAACGGGGGAUGAGAAGGAAGCUUGUAUGAUGUAUGAGAGUAUGCGUCAUGCAGGCAUUGCUCCAGAUGUCAAGCUGCGUUGCAUUUUGGGCAUUGGCAAUGACAGGGAUGAUUGUGAUGAUCCUCAGAAAGCGAAGGGUGUAACAUAA